GGAUGCCUCGUGAACAGCACACUUCAUGAAGAACGAGGGCCGCACACAGUACGCCUACUUCUAUCAUGAUACUCACGAUGACUGAAUCAGACCUGGGUGGAUGACAAUCACCGCGUGCUGGAGCAUCACACAAGCACUACGCCUCAACGACAUCUGCUUCUUGCUUAUGAUUAUCAUCUCAGACAUUCGCGAAGCCCAACUCAAGACGGAUAUCUUCCUGGUCUCAACCCCCAACGGUGAUUGAUAGCCUGAGCUUCAGAUCUUAGCUAAUGCGAUUGCACAAGGCUCGCAGAUGCCGACAUCCUCCGGAUCGUCGCCUCGCGCACCAGAUAAUCCAAAGUGACUUGCAUGGAGGCAACAAGGCCGAGCCAUGUCGUGGAGUCGCGCUACGCCCACACGUUCUCGAAGCGCAACAACCCCGUCCCUGCAUUCCCGUCAGUGGAUUUGGCACGCCCUCCCUCGCCACUCCUCAUUGGCUCCCAUGCCAACCACCCAACCUCAACCAUCCUUACAAUGCUACCUCAACACCAGGCACCUCACACCCACGCGCAACAACACCUUUCUUUGAUAGGCCGACCGUUGUCUCCGUCCCUUUGAGAUCUGGAGAAACUCUCGGUUCUACCAGACCCUGCAUAGCCGCCUCUAGCGGGGUUGUCUACGAGAGGCAGUUCCGUAACAUUAUGGUAGAAUAUUGGUGAAUCUGCGGGCAGGUUGCCAGGCGCCGUUUUUCGAGAUCAUCAGAACAUGUGGCGAGCUCCAUUGGCUGAUAGCUGUCUGAGACAUGAAGACGAUGCCUCGCCCAAUGGGGUGACUGGUCUACCAUCAUUUGGACAUGCAGUAUGACGAACCCGAAGUCG